AAAUGUUUCUUUAGCUUUAUUUACAAAUAAAAAUCUGAAAUGUGCGGCAUGCAUUUAUAUUUAGGCUUUCUGUAGAUGAUCCUCUUGUCUGAAGGUGUGGAACCAGACAGCCGUUCAAACAUCACAGGAAGUGAGUCACAGUUUCAAAUUGGAGCAAAGUGUUUUAUGGGAGCGAAUCAAAAGCACAGGAUGUUUUAUGAGCUGGCAGGCAGAGUCAACAUGGAGGCGACGCGUUCAGAUGUAAACACCCGAAGGUUCCUCAAACACUGACCCGGGAUCAGAUUGCAGCUGCUUACUGUCAGGAAGCGGCAGGUGGUGUGAGGGUAAACACGGCGUCCAUGUUUACUGUCCUGACGGGGAUUCAAUUAGAGCUGGGAGAGCUGGGAAACGUGACGGAGCGGCUGGAAGGUUCUAGCAGCUGGUCUGGAUCCAGAACCGAUCACUGCUGCUCCCGGAUCCAGGACCGAUCACUGCUGCUCCCGGAUCCAGGACCGAUCACUGCUGCUCCCGGAUCCAGAACUGGAUCCAGGACCAAUCACUGCUGCUCCCGGAUCCAGGAAACAAUCACUGCUGCUCCCGGAUCCAGAACCGAUCACUGCUGCUCCCGGAUCCAGAACCGGAUCCAGAACCAAUCACUGCUGCUCCUGGAUCCAGAACCAAUCACUGCUGCUCCCGGAUCCAGGACCAAUCACUGCUGCUCCUGGAUCCAGAGCUGGAUCCAGGACCAAUCACUGCUGCUCCCGGAUCCAGAACCAAUCACUGCUGCUCCCGGAUCCAGAACCGAUCACUGCUGCUCCCGGAUCCAGAACCAAUCACUGCUGCUCCCGGAUCCAGGACCGAUCACUGCUGCUCCCAGAGGAGCUUAAAAUCCAUCUCAGAACUCGGGUUUGACUCGGAACCACAGCAGCUGGAGCAGGAACAAAUGUUGCUGAUUUGGUCCUCAGUCAAACCGAGUUUAAAACAACCUAAAGGUGAAACUGAAAUUUCAGAUUCAAGAGGUUUUUUCCGUGUUAAACUUCUGGCCCUGUUUGGUGCCGAUGACAAGACGUGUGGAAUCAAAUUUGGGUCGUCAGGCCACUGACAACUCAAAUAUGACCAGAUGUUGCAUUUAUUCAGUUUUAAACUUUAUGGCACCAAUUUAGCUUCAUACAUUUUCUCUUUAUCUCCAUCUGGAGCUUUUCUGAAUCCAGGUUUAUAACUUAUAGAAUUAAACACAAAUACAUCGGAUACACGUUUUAGAAGGAACAAAAUCAGGCUGCGCAAUGUAUCGGAAAGCCCAAUAUGCAUAUUGUGCUGUCAGUUAGUCAUGGAAGUAGUUGUAGGUUCUACACUUGUAUUUUAAUGGAGCAUAAAGAUGUUUUAGGUAACGAGGAGAUGAAGACUUUAAAAACUAACAUCGCCCAGAAACAACGGCUUGAUGGAAAUGUUCAGGGUUUAUCAGCAAGGUAUUUAAACUAGUGUGGAAAUCGAUUACAAUUUUUAAUUAAA